AUGGACAUAGAAAGGUUUCCUCAGGCGUCGAGCAUCACGUCCAGACCUAAGGAGUUGCUCGAGGUCAUAUCAGCCGAGACAGUGCGGAAUUAUAGAUCCGGGGAAAUAGUUUCGCCAGUUUCCGGAAAGCUAGAAUGCUUGGCAGGGCGGCUUUUUUUUGCGGCGGACGGAAAAUCGGCGAGAAAUCCCGUCACUCAACGGGAGCGAAGGGCUCAGAACUCGAGGAUUCCCACCUUCAUUGUCGACACCGAUAUCGUGUGUUCACAUAUACACGAGAUGACGAAGAUCGGGCACAACCACCAAAACCGCCCCGAAAGGUCGAUCGCGGCCGGUUUGCCGGACCGCCCGAAUUUGCCCGAGCCGAGCAGGGGAAAACCAGAAAACGCGGCAAGCCACGGAAGAGGUUUGGCUGGCGAUCUGGACACCGAAACCGUCCGGGCGCCCACCUCCGAUGCCAAGGAUUCCUGGAAUGCCACUGACAGCCCACCGGGAGGAAGCGCGGGUAGCGCCGGUGUUUUGGGAAUGGGACAGACCGUCGUGGGAAUUUGGGGAUAG